AUUUAUCUUAGAAAAUAAAAAAAUAACAAUUAAUUUCAAAUAAAUUUAAAAUAAAAAGCACAAUUAUUUUAGACUCUGCAGAACCCUCAAAUCACCCCAUGACAAAUAUGGGGAAAUUACUUUGUGAUUCAACAACCAUUGCGAAGACUUUUCAAACUUCAUCACCGAUCGUGUCAAGGAGGGACCCACAAUCACCGGAUUUAGAGGCCGUGGAUCUCGUUGACCAGACAGAGCCCGGGGAUCACAGCUCCGCAGUCGUGUUCCGGCUGUCGCAUGGAGGUGAGGUUUCACCGGAUGGGAACUGCCUGUUCACCGCGUCGCAGAGGACUAUGGCGUGUGAGAUUGACGUGCGGGAGCUCCGGAGGCGGGCUGUGAAGCGGUUCGUGGAAGACCUUGGAUCUGCUAUCGAGGAUGAGAGAGAGUCGAUAAACAAGGUAAUUAGGCAUAUGUACUCACCGGAUCUGAGGAGCGGAUGGCGUGUUCAGGUGGUUCAAGAGGUUAAGUUGUUGGCCAAGAAGGAGGAUCGCGUAGCCUUGGACUCGGCCAUUGAUGAACUCAUUCAGCUAGGAAUGCAGAGGUAAUUUUUUUUAGAUCAAACUUUCUUGGAUCUACGCAUUUGAUUAUGGGUCAAGGGUUUAGGUAAUUUUGUAAUGAAUGUUCGUUUGGUUC